AUGGACUACCCUCAAGAUUUUGCUGUGGGACGACCACGAUACUCGGAUGUCUAUCCGUUCAUUGACCCCAAGGCAAGUCUCAAGGGGGCUGCUCAGGAUAAGAUCGUGCUAGUCACGGGUGCUGGUACUGGCAUAGGAAAGGCCAUUGCUGAACAGUUCGCCAUCGCUGGAGCUUCUUCUGUCAUUAUCGCUGGUCGACGAUUAGAACCACUAGAGGAGACGAAGACGUCAAUUGAACUUGUUGCUCCCCAAUGUCGAGUUAUUGUUCGAGGCGGUACCGACGUUGCGGACAAAGCGGCGGUCAAGGGUCUCAUGGAUAGCCUACCAGAAAUUCCCGACAUCCUUGUUCACAGCGCGGCAGUGUCACUAUCCACUGCCGCCAUCGACGAAUCUAAUCCUGAUUGGUGGCUGGGCGACAUCGACAACAAUAUCCGAGGCAUGUACAUGAUUACCACAGCGUAUCUCAGCGCCCUCAAGCAAGCGGGCAAGACAAAGGCCAGAAUCAUCAACGUGGGCUCGAUUGCAUCGUGGCGCUAUGUCUACGGACGGUCAUCCUAUGCCGCCUCCAAAGUCGCAAUGAACAAUUUUACCGAAUACAUUGAUCGAGAGCAGCAAGCCGCGGGCAACGACAUUCGCUGCGUGGUCAUGCACCCCGGAGGCGUCCUCACCGACCUCAUCAAGAACACCGUCCUCCCUGAAGCCAUCAUCGGCCGGAUGACGGACAAGGCAGAGCUAUCCGGGGCCACUGCCGUCUACCUGAGCACGGAUCGAUCCAACUUCCUCAUGGGCCGGUUUGUGCUGGCCACAUGGGACAUGGAAGAGCUGGAGCAGCAAAAGGACAGGAUUCUCAAGGAGGAUCUGCUCAAGACCAGGGUCGUGGGAGUUGAGUGGAGAGACGGCUUUUAG